GACGGCGACGCAACGGCAAAUAAAAACCGACAAGAAUCUGCCGGGCCCGGGAGGCCAUCCCGGUCAAUUCGCCCCCCCUCAACUUUUAAAGCGAAUAAUAAAAGAUUGUAACGCAGUGGCAUUUUCGCUAAUUAUAGUUAAUUAUAGAGGCAUUUAUCGCCGUGGUCUCCAGCUUCCAGUUUCAACUUUCAACACUACGCUUCCUCUUCAAGAAACAUGCUCACCAGAAACAUAACGUCGUUUUCCCGGCAAAUUUUGGCAUACAGUGAUUGUUGAUUGAUUGAUCUGAGCUUGGCCGGAAUGGGCGCCGGCGGCCACAAAUCAGGUGACAUUCUCACGGAGAAGACGGCGGUGCUUGGUCUACGCCUCUACGUUCUACUCGCACUAGCCGUUGCAGCGCUCCUUACAGGAGUCCUUAUGGCGCUGCUUCUCUUCCUCCGAUCAACUAGCCGGCGCCAUAAGAUGACACGGUUGAAGCACUCGUCGGGCUUGAGCCCGGCCUUUUCGUUGGAGAUCGGAGAUAUAGGAUUGGAUGGAACUGGAAGCAUUGGAGGAAAGGGGUUUGAAGGGAGUGAGAAGAAGGGGACACAAGUGGUUGUGGGAGAAUGCUCUAGGUCUAAAGCAGGGGCUGAGAUGAUCGCGCAAAUUGGGUGGGGGCGUUGGUUCACGUUUGCGGAGCUCGAUGCGGCCACGAGUGGAUUCGCCGAUUGGAAUGUGAUCGGAGAGGGGGGGUACGGCGUCGUCUACAGGGGCGUUCUUCCGGAUCUCUCGGUCGUCGCCGUCAAGAAUCUAUUGAAUAAAAAGGGUCAAGCAGAGAAGGAAUUCAAGGUGGAGGUGGAAGCCAUCGGAAGGGUGAGACAUAAGAAUCUCGUUGGUCUUGUGGGCUAUUGUGCUGAAGGCCCUAAAAGGAUGCUGGUAUAUGAGUAUAUGGAUAAUGGGAAUCUGGAACAGUGGUUGCAUGGAAAUGUUGGCCCCGUUAGUCCAUUGACAUGGGAAGUAAGAAUGAAGAUUGCCAUUGGCACAGCAAAAGGAUUAGCACAUUUGCAUGAAGGUUUGGAGCCCAAGGUUGUACAUAGAGAUAUAAAGUCCAGUAAUAUUCUUCUAGACAAACAAUGGAACCCGAAAGUAUCAGACUUUGGACUUGCCAAACUCCUCGGACCUGGUUCAAACUUUGUGACCACUCGAGUAAUGGGAACUUUUGGGUAUGUAGCUCCCGAAUAUGCUUCAACUGGCUUGCUUAAUGAGAGCAGCGAUGUUUAUAGUUUUGGAGUUCUACUUAUGGAAAUAAUUUCUGGAAGAAACCCAGUUGACUAUAGAAGACCAGCUGGAGAGGUGAAUUUAGUUGAAUGGUUUAGAGGAAUGGUUGGAACUAAACAUGUUGAAGAUGUUAUAGACCCAUCAAUUGAAAUUCAGCCGUCUCCAAGAGGUUUGAAGAGGACUUUGCUUGUCUGCCUCCGUUGUGUUGAUUUGGAUUCACAAAAAAGACCAAAGAUGGGACAAGUAGCACACAUGCUUGAAGGGGAUGAGUUCCCAUUUCGCCUGGAACACAGAUCGCCUAGAGAAGUAUCACUGCUAACUUGCCUUCCCGCUUCCGUUGCUCCAGCUCGAGUCCCACUUCUCACUGAUAAAGUAAGCCUCAGCCCUUCAGAAAGAUCAAUGUGGAGAUGAACCAGAAACUAAUGGCAAGAGGAAGUUCCUUUUAGUAUAUAUUUUGAACGGUUAAUUCCUCGCGAAAUAUUUAUAUCUUACAGUUCUUUAGCAUAUCUGAUCAGUUGAGUGCCCGCCAUUCACUCUUCACAUGUUAUGCACGACCUGAUUUGUGUUGAUUUUCUUCCACGAUGUAAAUAAAAAAAAAAACUGGCUUAUGCCUGAUAAUUAACCUUGAACCGAAAUCAAAAUUAGAUAUGAUAUUAGGUUCGAAUGGUUAAUUUUAUGAAGGGACAAAACAUUACUAAAAGAGCAAGCUGAAAUAUACAGUUGUCUUCUGUAGUACGAAAUUACAAGCUAGCCAUAUCUCCUUAGUUAAGCUCUUUUGUGCGUACAGAUCUGAAAAUGGUUUAUGAUUUGGUGUGUAAUCAUAAUCCAGAGCUUCUAGGUGGGGACGAACAUGGUGAUCAUAUGUAUAGCCAUUUUAAG